AGAAAGACUGAGCAUUUUGUUACAUUCAUAUAGAUGAUCAUCGUCAGUCAUGGCCAGCAUCAUUGCACGUGUGGGUAACAACUGGCAGCAGAAUACAGCCUUGCCACCCUGGGCCCAUUCCAUGUUGAGGUCCCUGAGGGGGAAGGGGAGUCUUGGUCCUUCAAGGGUCAACAUGGCAGAAGGAAAGAUGAAAUUGUUCUCUGGGGUGGUGCCAGCCCAGGAGGAAGAAACUUUUGAAAACUGGCUGAUACAAGUCAGGGCCCUGCCAGAUUGGAAUAUGUCUGAAUAGGAAAAGCUCAAGUGCUUGAUGAAAACCCUGAGGGGCCCCACACAGGAGGUGAUGCGUUUACUGCAGACAGCCAACAGUGUGGCAAAUUUCUUGCAUGCCAUGAAGUUGGUUGGAGAUUCUGAAAGCAGUGUCACUGCCCAUGGCAAAUUUUUUAACACCUUGCAGGCACAAGGGGAGAAAGCCUCCCUUUAUGUGAUCCGUUUAGAAGUGCAGCUCCAGAAUGCUAUUCAGGCGGGGAUCAUAGCUGAGAAAGAUGCAAAUCAGACACGCCUGCACCAUCUCCUUUUAGGGGCUGAGCUGAAUGGGGACCUGUUCUUCAGGCUGAAGAAUCUUCUCAGGAUGUAUGCAAAUGAGCAGGAGUGUCUCCCCAAUUGCCUGUAGCUAAUCAGGACGAUAAGGGAGGAAGAGGAUUGGAAUGAUACUUCUAUGAAACGGAAGUGGCCCAAAAGAUCUGAGUUAAUCAUGGAGAGGGCAGUAAGCCCCAUGGCAUUUCAGGGCCCCCAGUCAAGAGCCAUCAGCACUGCUGAUUGUGAUGUGAUAGAAGUAGAUGAUACCCUUAAUGACUUACAUGAGGAUGUGAUCCUGGUGGAGUCUCAGAACCUUCCACUUACAUCCAUAGGUGCCCCUCCCCUCAGGGUCAGGGCCAGACUUCAGGAUCAAAUACUGGUCAUUGAUUCCCUAAACAAUUCUCAAGCUCAAUCUCCUUCUACCAGUGGUGGUUCUGCAUAUAAGAAUGAUGGUCCUAGGGAUAUACGUAGAGCCAGGAAGAGAAUAUACUGUGGUGAGGAGGGCCACUCAAAGGAAACCAGUGACAGUAAGAGCAACAAGGCCCAGGUGUUGAGGCUGAUCAUCACCCUGCAAGAGCUGACACAUACAGAGAAGGAGACAUCAAAAGAGAUCCCAGGCAAACACAGUGACCUCUCUGAGCCACAGUAAGGUGCUAGACCCAGCCCUAAGGGAACACUUAACUGUAUUCAGAGACUGCUGAUGGGGAAAACUAGGGUAGGCUGGGGGAGGCUUCUAUGUGCAUGAAUUAAUCCACGAAGUGGCUUUCUUUGGGGAAGAAGAGGUUGUAGAUACCAGCAAAAUGAAGACGACAGCCUGACCUCUGUCCCUGAUUCUCCCUCCAUCUGCCUAAGGGUCUAUGUGUGUGUCUAUUUCCUUGAUGAUUUUGUCCCUUUUGUGAAAGGAGUACAAGUUAUUGUUAAACCUUCAAGGACCGAAGGAAACUACAAAAACUGAAGUACAAAUUACCUGAAACUCCCCACCCUUGCAUAACCGUUGUCAGUCCUUGCAUGAAUGCCUUCUAGAUAUCUCCCUAUUCCUGUGUACCAAGAUAGAUAUGCCUAUACAGAUAAAAGUGAUCAAAUAUAGCUGUUGUUCUAUGCUGUGUAUUUUUCACCAAACAAUAUAUGUUGUGGACUUCUAUG